AUGGAAAAGCUGUUAUCAAAGAACUCGCCUAUCUCACUGAGCCACGUCCGUCCGCGAAUCUAUCGAUUGGUUUGACGCUGAUCGGGUCGUUAUCUCAUUUGACGCGAUGUCUUUGACAUUGGCUUUGCUAACCUAGUCGCAUGUUCACCGUGGGUUACAUGACGUGGAGUUCUGCCCAAUGAAUCGCGUGAAAGUCUUAGCGGAAGGCUUCUACUGUUCAAGCUUACGGCGAAAUUGCAUAGGUUAUAAAGCUUUAGGUCUUGUCUCCCGCCUCUCUGCUAUUGAGGACGUUGCUAAUUCCUUUCUUCACUCAACAUCUCAAGUCCGCAAUUGAGUCAGAAGAAAUGCAUUUCAUAUCUGCAGUACAGCUCAUUGGAGCUUUGCUUCUGCCAACUGUAUCAUCGCUGCCACUCUUGGCAAGUUCCGGAUCAGUAACGUUGAGAGCAAGAAAUUACAAUCUCACGACACCUUCCUGUCCACUGAAACCAAAGGUGCUCAUAAUCAGUUUAUUUCAACCCGAAGCUGAAGUCUGGUGGAAUAUACCUGAAUUUGACAUCCUGGCGCAAAAUAUCAGUAUUCCUGGACUUUCUCCAAGAUUCCCAGAAGCCCAUUGUACCGCAGAUGGCGAGAUUUGCCAGGUAGUAACGGGCGAAGGCGAAAUCAAUGCUGCUACGACCAUCCAAUCCCUCACGUUAUAUGCUGGCUUUGAUCUUACUGAGACGUACUUUUUGUCCGCUGGCAUCGCAGGUGUCAACCCUAACAUUGCUACUCUCGGUUCAGUGACGUACGCGAGAUUCGCUAUCCAAGUAGCUCAACAGUACGAGUUCGAUAUCCGAGACAUCGGCGACAACUUCACAACUGGUUAUAUUCCUUACGGAACAACGGCACCGGCACCUGCUAUGUAUCCGCAAAAUGUCUAUGGCACUGAGGUUUUUGAGCUUAACGUUGCUCUGAGAGAUAGGGCCGUCAUGCUCUCUUCCAAAGCCAAACUCAAUGACUCAGACACCGCGAUAGCGUACCGCGCCACCUACGAACAGAAAGCCGCCAGGGAACCGCCUGUGGUUAUUGGCUGCGACGUAGCUACCAGCGAUAACUAUUUCUCUGGCCCAAUUCUCACCGAGGCUGCCAACAACUUCACGCUACUGAUGACGAACGGCACGGGUGUGUACUGCACUACUGCACAGGAAGACAACGCCACCCUCGAAGCGUUGAUGAGAGCAGCGCAAGCUAAGAAGGUCGACUACAACCGAAUCAUGAUCAUGCGUACGGCCUCGAACUUCGAAAGACCUCACCCGGGCGAGUCGGCUUAUCAGCAUUUGAUCUUCUCCGUUUCUGGAGGAUUUCUUCCUAGCGUUGCUAAUAUUUACAUCGCUGGAAUUGAGGUUGUGACUGAUAUCACUACCAACUGGGACACUAUAUAUGCGAAAGGUAUCGAGCCGACCAACUAUGUCGGUGAUAUCUUUGGUACGUUGGGAGGAACACCUGACUUUGGACCGUACCCAUUCUUUGGAGUGGCGUAAUCUAUUUGCAAAAUCAAUCUCUUGGCAGUUUAUAGAUGACUUUCGAUAAGGUAUCAAGGAAUGCCUAUAUGUUAAUAAAGUAAACUUUAUCUACACAAUUGUAUAAUAAUGCCAACUAAUGUUUAUUAGAAGGCUUUUAUUAUU